AAGACGAAAAAAGCCUCCUGAGAUGGUCCCGGUGCUGCGCGGCCCGAGCCGACCACGCAGCAGCCGCCGCCUAUAGGCCGAUCAUGGCCGUCACCCAGCGGGGCGCCGCCAGCACUAGCGGCGGCCUCUCGACGAGCCACCUGCCGUCGUCGUCCAGUUCGUGGGACCCCCUGUGCUCCUCUCAGGAGGAGCCUACGCCGCAGUGCCUGCUGAGGGCCAAGCGCGACAUCAUGGAUAUCUUCGCCGCGCCGCCCGCCGGCGUGUUCAUCGCGCCGGAGGAGAACGACAUCACCCGCAUAGAGGCCCUGAUCGUGGGGCCCCCGGAGACCCCCUACGAGGGGGGCUUCUUCCACUUCCUCGUCAAGUGCCCGCCCGAGUACCCGAAUCAGCCGCCGCGCGUCCGCAUCAUGACCACCGGCGGGGCACAGGUCAGAUUGAACCCCUACUUCCACGCGGACGGCAAGGUCUGCCUCAGCAUCCUGGGCACCUGGCCCGGACCGGCCUGGACGCCCGCGCUCUCCAUCAAGAGCGUCCUGGUGUCCAUCCAGUCGAUCAUGUCCGAGAACCCGUACUACAACCACCCGCAAUUCUGCGUCGAGCGGACGCCGGGCGACGUGAGCCGGUACAACGCCAUCAUUCAGCACGAGACCAUCCGGGUCGCCGUGUGCGACGCCGUGCAGGCGUGCCUCGCCGACGACGACGGCAUCGGUUCUCCGUGCCGGCCGCCGCCUCCCGCCCUGAGGGAAGUGGUGUUCAAGUCGUUCGCCGAGUCGUACGACAGGUACGAAGCCGCGGUGAAGGUGCGCCUAGAGAUGACCGAUACGCCGAUGAACGAUCCAUUCGGCAUGGCAAGGGGUCGGUACGACUACAAGACGCUGCUGGCGCGACUGAGGGACUUGAACGAGAGGGUCCAACGAAGGAACGAAAUUUCCGCCGAGAAAAGCGAGCAAGCGACGCGUGGCUAAACUCUGGGCUAACCGCGAUUCCGAUGGGAAUGGGGCUCGCUGAAAUGAUUAAAUGAUGCG